AUGGGUGGCUGUACACAAAGCACCCAGGACCAAGCUCUCCACUCAGAAGGGGAGCCCAAUCCUUCUGUAGCCCCAACAUCCACCUUAGCACCUAGGAAGAUGCCCAAAAGUAUUUCAGUAUCCAAACAACUAGCUUCAAUAAAAGCUCUGAAGAAGGGCUCAGAUCUGGAAAAAGCCAUGGCCACUGCCGCUCUGAUUUUUAGAAACUCUUCUGACUCUGAUGGAAAACUUGAAAAAGCUACUGUCAAAAUUCUGCUGCAGACUCAAUUUAGGAAUUUCACAGAGGGACAAGAAAUGAAGCGAAAAUACAGAGAGAUCCUUUCUGAACUUGAUGAGCACAUAGAAAAUAAGCUGGAUUUUGAGGACUUUAUGAUCUUGCUCUUGAGCAUCACUGUCAUGUCAGACCUGCUACAAAAUAUAUGGAGUGUGUAAAUUAUGAAAUAA